CUGUUGUGUAUGUGUUUUUCAGGCGUCGAGGUGAAACCUGGAAAGCCAAUCACUCACUAUUGCGAAAAGGCUAGAGGAAGGCUUCGAAUUUCUCAGGCAACUCUUGGAUUUGGUGAUGCUACAAUGAGGUCAACAGUGCAGUGUAAUGUAGGUGGAAGGAGUCCGGUUUUGCUCUGUGUGUUGAUGCCCGAAAAAACGGAGUCUUGCCAUUUAGAUUUGGAAUUCGAGGAGGCUGAUGAUGUGGUCUUUUCUGUUAUCGGCCCACGAAGUGUGUACCUCAGUGGUUAUUACGUCCAGAAGAUUCAGGGCAUAUGUUCGCACAACGAUUCAGAAACAUUGGGUUUAGAUAUUGAAAACACCAAUACGGAGAGAUCUAGCUAUCGUAGUGAUGAUGAUAAUGAAUAUGGCGGCAGUUUCAUUAACGAUGAUCACGAGUUACAGUUUUCUCCAGAGUCCCCCGUUGAAGGCAGUAAAGGAGUGAAUGAAGAAGCUACACCAGAAAAUGAUGAGUUUGAGGACAAAGAGCUGGGACACAGUGGACAAGGUAGGAAGAAGUACCGAGCGAUAGUAUCAGAUGAUGAUGCCGAUCCGCAUGAAAGUGACGAUAAGGUUUCCCAUAGUUUAUCUGCAUCAAAGAGUAAAAGUGACAUGGAGACAACUGCCUGUAAUGUUGGACAAAUGAUACCUAUUGAAACAGUGGAUAUGGGGGACGAGGCAGAAGACGAUGGUGUGUGUGGUGUUGACAAACUGGAUGGUUCUGUCCUACAUGCAAAUGAUAAUGCCAUGGAAGAGGAGACUCUUGAGGAAACUAAUGUUUCCAGCGAAAAGGUCUUAACUGGAAAUCCAAUUCAUGAAAGUAAUGCAAAAGACACGGUCAGCAGCCAGAGUCUGUCCACGAGCAUAGGGAACGAUGAAACACCAUUCCGUGAUCUUUUACUUCUUAGUUGGGGGUGUGAGGUUAGUCAAAAAUCACAAAGGAAAAGAAAAAAGCACUCAAAGGAGGAGAAAAACCACACCAGUCAAGCAGACAAGAUGGCAGAGGAUAAUGUGCACGAGGUUGAGGCCUCCAAUAAUAUGGAUAUCAGUAGAAAUUCCAAUAAUGGUCUAACAAAGAAGAGAAAGAGUGAACUGCAGCUGGAAGGAAUAAGUGUAAAAGGAACUAACAGUCAUUGUGGUUUACAGCGUGCUGAAAACCAGACUCAAGAACAACCGGGGUUAGAAGAAAUUCAUACAGAAGAAAUUGGUGAUGAAGAAAGGGGAGAAAAUCAAAACCAACAGAUUGAUAAGUUAGUACCCAGCUGCUUUUUCUUUGGUCUAGCCAUAUCAAAGGGGGGUUUAAUCAUUGAGGAAUUAGACAGUGGACCACCUGAUGCUAAAGUAGCUGCACCGGGUAAAAAGGUCAAAAUUUAUUACACGGCCAUUGUGAAGGCCACUGGGCAUGUUUUCGACUCGAAUGUUGGUAAAGAUGCUCUGUAUUUUCGGUUGGGCAAUGAAGAUUUCAUUGAUGGCUGGAAUGUUGGCAUAGAUGGUAUGCGUGUUGGUGGAAAGAGGAGGCUUAUUGUCCCACCUUCAAUGGGUAUUUAA